UCAUUGUGCCUGUCUGCCGGCGCUUUCCCGCUUGAUUGUAAUAGCGACCUUCCAAAAUAUGUAUCAUGUGCAUACAUGAAGUUUCGUUCUAAAUCCCUCAGAUAUACAACAUAUAAUUUAUUAACUGAACCCCAGAAGAGGAGCUAUCAUUUGAAGGCUUUACUGUACUUACAGAAGGAGACCCAAAGAUGUACCGCAUGUGGUGGAGGCACAUUUGAGUGUCUAUCAACAGUUACUGGCACACUGGAAACAAGCAUUACUGAAAUGACUAGUGAAGAUGGUGGAAAUAUAAACUCCAUGAAUGAUAACAAGGAAAAUGGAUAUGCUGGCCUUCAUAGAUGUAACAUUGAAAGUGGGGUGCUGAAAAACAGCAACUCCACUGCAUCAUCUGAUCAUAAAGAAUCACCAAAGAAGUUAACAGAAUUAAUUGAAGAUACUGAUGACACUGAAGAUCCUAAAUUUCAUGUGAAAGAGUCACACUUUCUGAUGGCAUCAGUAACAUCCAUUGCUUUUGUACGGUCGUUUGCUUCCUAUAACUUCUCACAAUGUCAGUGUAUGCAGAUACUGGACUUCACUUUCACACAACUGCUUGAGCAUUCUCAUGAAGCUGGUGUGUAAGAAUCAUAUGCUUACAAUUAAUAGCAUUAUGCAAUCUGUUAUGUCCUCAUUGUUAUGUCAUAUUUUCCAUUUUU